ACACGGGCAACGAGAUUAUUUAAACAGCAGGUCGGGAGCAUGGGAAGGAACGCAGGAUCAUCGAUCCUUGACGAUGGCCAUGGACACGUUCUACAUCUCCCACGGCUCGCCCACGCUCUCCAUCGACGACUCGCUGCCGGCGCGCCACUUCCUCAAGUCGUGGGAGUCGGCCGGUCUCGCCGGACCGCAGCCGCCAGGCGCCAUCCUCAUCGUGUCCGGCCACUGGGAGACGGACACCCCGUCCGUCAACGUCAUCCGCGGCACCAACGACACCAUCUAUGACUUCUACGGCUUCCCCGAGCAGAUGUACAAGCUGACGUACCCUGCGCCGGGCGCGCCGGACGUGGGCAUGAUGACCAAGAAGCUCCUGGAAGACGCCGGGUUCGGGCCGGUGAGCGAGGACCACGGCCGCGGGCUCGACCAUGGCGCGUGGGUGCCACUGAUGCUCAUGUACCCGGAGGCCAACAUCCCGGUGUGCCAGCUCUCGGUGCAGACGGACCGCGACGGCACGUACCACUACGACCUGGGCAGGGCGCUGGCGCCGCUCCGGGAUGACGGCGUGCUCAUCGUCGGCUCCGGCAGCGCCACGCACAACCUGCGCCGUAUCCUGCGGACGUUCGCGCCCACCAGCGGCGAGCCCGUGCCGGAGUGGGCGGCCGAGUUCGACGCCUGGCUCAGAGAGUCUUUACUCAACGGACGGCACGACGACGUCAAGCGGUACGAGGAGAGGGCGCCGUUCGCCAAGUUGGCGCACCCGCGACCAGACCACUUCUACCCGCUGCACGUCGCGCUCGGUGCGGCCGGGCCGGAGGCCAAGGCGGAGCUCAUCCACCGCAGCUGGUCCAACGCCACGCUCUCCUACGCUUCCUACCGGUUCACCACCAAGCAGCAAGAUACACUGAUGGAGCCACCGUGUGACGGCGCUACCCCUGCUCUUGUAUGCGAUUAAAUCCCCACACACAGCAAAUGGGGAAGUGCAGUCUGUUGGAACAGUGGCAGAGGCAGAAAUAAUUUCCGCAUGAGACGGAGUUUAUGAAGAAAAAAAACAUGUUUUAAUAAAAUUAUGCAUGAACUCACUCGAAUACUACAUAUACUAGUAAAAUGUGUUAGGAUAAUCAUGAUUGAGUCAGUUGAUUAGGUCGUGUGUGUCAUGCACGUAGGUUGGUUAGACUCCAGAUUUGUUAGGCUAGCGUGCGUAUGUGUGUCGUGAUGGUGUAUGUGCACCUGAGUCCACCAUGUAGGGCACUAGGGCUGCGGCCGUUGGCGAGCGGAUCGCACGCGCUGGCGAGUCCUCAGGCGGUGCGUGCGUGCGUGAGCAGCCGAGGGCUACAAAGCCGGCCCAUAUCCAGGUGGUUAGCGAUCUGAGGCGUCCAGUUUGUUAGCUUGUUAGCCAGCUAUAGUGGUGGCUGGAUUACUACGUGUGUGCGUGAGUUAGUUGCCGGCCAGGUGAUAUGCAUCGGGAAUAAAAAGCCCCUCCUUGUACGUGGUGUGAGCCACAGUUUGAGCUGAGUAAAAAAAGAAUAGGUCGUGCGUGCGGCCGAGGCGCCGUUCGUCGGCAUGGCGCCGUUUGUGCGGCAUGGCGUUCGUCGCCUGAAAAAUCCAGUGUGCUGUGCUCCUU